AUGAAUUUUGUGUUAGUUGGAUUAUCGCUUUUAGUGGUUGUUACUAAGCAGGAAGAUGUAGAAAUUUCUUCAACCGUUGGACAGUUGCGCUAUUGUCUCCGAAACAGCGAUGUAUUGCCUUGUGUAAAACGCCUUAUUGCUAGGAAUCUGCAGCAAGCAGUUGAAAGUGAUGCUGUAUGGCCAAUUACUGAUUAUUUAUCGAUCACAAAAGAUCGUGAUUGGAGAGCGGAUAUCACGAAUAAUUCCAAAGUGUUGACACCAGAUGAGCAAAUUGUUCAGGGAGUGCAUGAUUUUGUGAGAUCUAGGAGUUUACAAGUUAAAUUUGUCGCUGAUGACGCUGAAAUGGAAGGAAGAAAGAAAAAGGACAAGAAUGGUGGUAUGAUGAUGAUGGCAGGGCUCGCCAUGGCGGGAAUGAUGGGUCAGAUGUUUAUGGGAAAGAUAGCUUUCCUUGCUGGAACUGCGCUCAUGAUAUCUAAACUUGCACUCCUUCUUUCAUCACUUAUCGGUCUCAAGAAAUUGGUCGGUUCUGGUGGAGGUGGUGGCGAGCACGUGGUCUACGCGUCCGCCGACCACGGUCAUGGUGGCUGGCAACGAAGCUACGAUUCAAACUCGCACCUUCUGUCCUACAGCGCCCACGCUCCGGCGUACCAGGACGCUCGCGAGGAGCAGGAAGCAUUAAGUGGGGCAUGA